AUGUUGGUCACCUCUUCUCAAUCAUCUACUCAACGACCAUUGGGUUUGUCAGUUGAAGAACUCUAUGCAUUAGAUCGUCAAUAUCGUCGAAUUGAACAACAACAACAACAUUUAUCACAAUUACAAAAUCAACCACAUUUAACACCAUCUAAUCUUAAUCGUUUAGCUAGUCGUUCACUUGAUUUUAUUUCAUCAAAACAAACACCACUUACUGGACUUCCAUCGCUUGAAAUACAUGGUCAUGCAUAUAGUUAUCGACCACAACAUCCAUCAUCAUCUGCUAUAAACUAUCCACGAUCACAUUCUAUUGAUCAACUCAGAUAUAAUCAACCUACACUUACAACGCCUACAUCAGCACUUCUAAAGUCUCCACAUCAUCAACGAUCAACCAGUACUAGUACAACAAAUGAUAGUUUACAUCAACGUUAUCAUACCAGACAUCGAACCUAUUUACAGCAUCCUAGCAUGGCUACCGGUAAUACGCCAUCUUUGGGAAAUAACGCUCUACAUAAUAUUCCUCCAUCACCAGCUGAUCAAUAUGAUAUGCGAAAUUCUUGUAAAUUACGUCGACAACAUCCAAUUAAACGUGAAUCGUCACGUCGAAUUGUUGUUCGACCAGUUGUACAACGACGACGUGAGCCAUCAAUCAGUUCAUCAUGUGAAUCUUUAGAUGAACAACGUUCACCAAUGCGUCCUCUUCCAACUGAACAGUUUAAUUAUACCAAUCAAUCCGUACCAUUUACACCAUCUUCAUCAUUAACAACGAAUGUUAUUAAUGAAUUACAAAAAGAAACAACGAAUUUAAUCCGUACAUCAUCAAAUAAUGAGUCAUUAUCAGAUGAUAACGAUGUAAAUUUAUAUGAAAUGCGUAUACCUAUUGGUAAAACAUAUGAUACAUCAGAUAUAAGUGUACAAUUAGAAGGACCAAAAAUUUUAAUACAUUGUCAUACAAUUGAACCAACAGAUAAACGUGGAAAUUAUCGUAAACAUGAAUUUAAAACUGAAUUAUUAGUACCUGAUGUUGUUGAUGAUGAAACAAUUGUUGCUUAUUUAACUGAAGAUGGACAAUUAAUUGUUGAAGGAAAAUAUCAUGCAUGGGCAUGGAAAGAAAUUAAAAGAAAAAGAAAAUUGGAUCAACAACAACAAGAUACAAAUUUAAUAAUAACAUCUCCUAUUCUUCUUCCACCACCAGCACCACUUUCAAAAUCUUCAACAGAUUCAAAUUUAAUAUCAACAAGAACUGAUGGAAGUAUGGAACAAGACAAGAUACAACCGUCACUCGUAUCUAAUAAACAACGAAUUGUGUUCAACAACAACAACAAUUAUAUUAACUAUAACAAUAAUAAUAAUAAUAAUAAUAAUUUUAAUGAUAAUAAUAAUAACAAUAAUAAUAAUGAUAACAACAAUGAUAAUAAUAAUAAUACUAAUAAUAAUAACAAUAAUAUUAUUAAUAAUAAUAAUCAUAUUAAUCCUACAAACAGAAUUGAAAAAUUAGAUAACAAUAGAACUGUCAUAUAUGUUGGUGAACCAUCAAUAUCACAACAACAACAAUAUACAGAUACAAGAAGUGUAGGUGAUAUAAUCAAUCGUUUUAAUACUUUCAAUACAACAUCUGCACCGGCGAUUUGGGAUGGACAGUAUACAUUUACGAACGAUAAUCCACCUUUUCUUAUAUAUCACAUUCGUUUACCAUUUGAAGCAUCAACAGAUUCUAUUCGUAUACAAUCUGAUCCACAAUUACAUGUAUUAAAAAUUUUUAUUGAACAACAAGAGAGAAGUUUAUUACCACAUCAACAACAAAGUAAAGUUAUUAUACGUUCAACAUCACGUAUUUGUCGUUUACCAAGAGAUCAUAUGUAUGAUUAUACACGUUUACAUGUUGUAUUUCUUAAAGAUAAUUAUCUUCGUAUUGAAUUACCUACAAUAAAUUGA